AUGAUGGCUCUCGAUGCCCGGCCGACGCCCUCGCCCUCGGCCUCGUCUGCCCUCGUACACUCGUCCGCCUCGACGCCGUCGCUGCGGUCCCGCGAUGGAACCUUGCCCAUGUCCGCCAGAAUGGACGGCGGCGGCAACGUCAAAGUCGUCGUCCGCGUGCGCGCCUUCCUGCAGAGAGAGCUGGACAGGAGAACGCGAUGCCUCAUCGAAAUGGACCCCGUGACGCAGCUCACGACGCUCAGGUCCCCCGAAUCCGACGACGGCGACGGCGGCGCCAAGCUCAUGGCCCGGCGGGUCAUCGAGGACAGAAGCUUCACGUUUGACAACUCGUUCUGGAGCCACGACGUGGCCGACGAUCACUACGCCCACCAGGAGGAUGUCUACAACUGCCUCGGCGAGGAGUUCCUCGACCACAACUUCGAGGGCUACCACACGUGCAUAUUCGCCUACGGCCAGACGGGCUCGGGCAAGAGCUACACGAUGAUGGGCACGCCCGAGCAGCCCGGGCUGAUCCCCCGCACCUGCGAGGAUUUGUUCGAGCGCAUCGAGGCGGCGCACAAGGAGGACUCCAACGUGGCCUACAACGUGCGUGUCUCAUACUUUGAGGUCUACAACGAGCACGUCCGCGACCUCCUCAUGCCGGCGGUGCCGAGCGCGCCGCCGCACUACCUCAAGAUCCGCGAAUCGCCGACCGAGGGGCCCUAUGUCAAGGACCUGACCGAGGUGCCCGUCCGCAACAUCGGCGAGAUCAUGCGGUACAUGAAGCUCGGCGACUCGUCCCGGACGGUGGCGAGCACCAAGAUGAACGAUACUAGUAGUCGCAGCCACGCCGUCUUCACCAUCAUGCUGCGCCAGAUGCACCACGACAUGGAGACGGACGAGACGACGGAGCGCAGCUCGCGCAUCCGACUCGUCGACCUCGCCGGAAGCGAGCGGGCCAAGUCGACCGAGGCGACGGGUGCCCGCCUCCGCGAGGGGAGCAACAUCAACAAGUCGCUCACGACGCUCGGCCGCGUCAUCGCCGCCCUCGCCGACCCGAAGCAGCUGCGGGCGGGCAAGCGCAAGGACGUGGUGCCUUACCGCGACUCCAUCCUGACGUGGCUGCUGAAGGACUCGCUCGGGGGCAACAGCAAGACGGCCAUGAUCGCCUGCAUCGCGCCCUCGGACUACGACGAGACGCUCUCGACGCUGCGCUACGCCGACCAGGCCAAGCGGAUCCGCACCCGGGCCGUCGUCAACCAGGACCAGAUCUCGACGGCCGAGCGGGACGCGCAGAUCACGGCCAUGGCCGAGGAGAUCCGGCUGCUGCAGGUGUCCGUCUCGGACUCGCGCCGGCGCGAGAAGAACGCCAAGGAGGCCGAGGAGAAGCUCGAGGAGUACCAGGACAGGGUGGCGCAGAUGCAGCGGAUGAUGGAGGAGCGCGGCAUGGUGGCCGAGAGCAAGAUACGGAAGCUCCAGACGGAGAACGAGGCGCUCAAGCUGCACCUCAAGCUCGCCAUCGACAGCCUCAAGAACCCGAUCCCCGUGGUGACGGUCCGGCCGGCCGACGGCGCCAAGGGCUUCGACCUGGAGCAUGGCGAGUGCAAGGAGAACGCCGAGGACGAGUCUGACGAGUCCGACGACGACGACGAUGACGACGACGACGGGCCGUACGACUCGGACAGCACGGCGACGGGCGAGGACGACCUGCAGGAGGAGAUGCGCCGAUACCUCACGGACAUGGGCAACCUGCGGAAGCUCAUCGGCGGGGACCUGUCGCGGUUCAAGGACAACGAAAGCGUGCGCAUGCCGCUCGGCCUGAGGGAGAACGUGUGA